GCGCGGUUUUACUGUUCGACCAGAUUGCGACGCCGCAUUACGAAAUAGUCACAUAUCGAUCACUUACAAAAUGAAAAGUUUAAUACCAAAAUCGUUGCUAUUUAAUUUAAAUAAAAAACUGAUCGUAAGCUCGGGCAAUGCCCUAAUAAAACGGCUCUCAACAGUGAAACAAUCAGGAAAAAACGAUCGUGUCCAACAACCGAAUUCUGCAUCUAAAGUGCAUAGAAGAAAAUUUUCCCUUAUCCAUGACUUUAAUUAUAUGCGUUAUAAAAAAUAUGUACAUUGUUGUAGUGGUGAGAACAGGAACGAGGAUGCGUUAUUCGAAAUGUUCAAAAGCGAGGAGACGGGGUUACUCUCCAUCGGGAAAUUUCUUUCAGCUUUGAGGACUACCGGUUUGCGCAAAAGUGAUCCGCGACUGAAAGAAAUGAUGGAAGCUAUAAAGCGCACGCAAAAACAGACCGACACUCAACGACUAAAUUUGGAAACUUUUCGGAGUAUCGUAUCACCUUGUAUCGGUCUGAUCUCUCGCGCGUUCCGCCACCAGUUCAUAAUCCCCGAGUUCCAAGACUUUUGCAAAGAACUGGAGGAUAUCUACUGGAAGUGCAAGGAGAACACGAACGGCAAAGUGGCGUCUUAUAUUCCGCAAUUGAAACGGAUGAAUCCGAACUAUUGGGGUGUGAGUGUGUGCACAAUCGACGGGCAGCGGUUUUCGAUCGGAGACGUCGGUAUCCCGUUCACGAUCCAAUCCUGCAGUAAGCCCCUGACUUACGGGAUCGCGCUGGAUCUGCUAGGGGAGGAGAUGGUUCAUAAAUACGUGGGACAGGAACCGAGCGGCCGGAAUUUCAACGAGCUGGUCUUAGACCACAAUAAGAAACCCCAUAAUCCCAUGAUCAACGCUGGGGCGAUUCUGGUCUGUGCUCUCCUCAAAACCGUCGCCGGCCCGGAAAUGACCCUCGCGGAGAAGUUUGACUACACGCUGAACUAUUUCGUGCGAUUAGCAGGAGGGGAGGAUCUGGGGUUCAAUAACGCCGUAUUUUUGUCGGAGAGAGAGGCGGCUGAUCGGAAUUACGCUUUAGGUUUCUACAUGAGAGAGCACAAAUGUUUUCCCGAGAAAACCAAUUUCAAGGAAUGCAUGGAUUUUUACUUUCAGUGCUGUUCUUUGGAGAUGAGCAGCGAUACGCUUUCUGUAAUGGGGGCCACGUUGGCCAACGGCGGAAUUUGCCCGUUAACCGAGGAAAAAGUCCUUAAAUCGGAGAGCGUCCGCGACGUGCUAUCACUGAUGCACAGCUGCGGAAUGUACGACUAUUCCGGCCAAUUUGCAUUCAAGGUCGGUCUGCCCGCGAAGUCGGGCGUGAGUGGGGCUUUGCUGGUGGUGAUCCCAAAUGUCAUGGGGAUAUCCCUGUGGUCCCCACCUCUGGAUCCAUUAGGUAAUAGCUGCCGGGGCGUGCAGUUCUGCGAGGAGUUAGUAAAAAAAUUCAAUUUCCACCGAUACGACAAUCUCUUACACUCGACCAACAAAUCUGAUCCUCGAAAACACAAAUUCGAGACGAAAGGCAUGAAUGUGGUUAAUUUGUUGUUUUCGGCGGCUUCUGGCGAUUUGCCUGGACUUAGAAGGCAUAAACUUUCGGGUAUGGACAUGACGCUGGCCGACUAUGACGGCCGCACGGCUCUGCAUUUGGCAGCGGCAGAGGGGCAUAUCCACUGCGUUAAUUUCCUCUUGCAACAAUGCAACGUACAACAUGAUAUUAGAGAUAGAUGGGGACGGUCUCCCUUAGAUGAAGCACUGACGUUUGGACACACGGCAGUUGCGGAGUUUUUACAAGACUGGGACCAGCGAUAUCAAAGAUCUUCGGAAAAUAUGAUGAAGGCCGGUGGAACUCUUCCGGGGCUUAGCUAAAUGAUUUAGGAAAUUUUAGUCAUGUUUUUGUCAGUAUUGUAUUUUUCUCCUAAGUUUGCAAUAAUUUUUUAAUGUUUGUGUGAGUACGACAAUAAACCUUCUAUUCGUU